GGUCGCAGUGUUGAGGGUUGUGCUCUAGUGAAGGGACACAGGCGUUGGAGUGCGUCAGAAAGAGUCAACAACCAAACCAAACCAGCAAAGAAAACGAAAACGAGAGAGAAAGAAAACGGGAGAAAAACCUAAAAAAAUACCCGAGUUAGGUAAAGCGGACACUAAACUUCAACAGUGGUCAACCCGCGCUGCCAUUCCUUCCCUCCCAUGCUCCCCUCCCAUGUUUCCCUUCUGCUGUCUUCUCCCAUGUCGUGAAAGGGGCGUGUAUUAUACCAUGGAGGGACAGCUCGUGAAGAAGACACUGGAGGAGAAGGAGGAGGAGGAGAGGGUGAAGCGGAGACGUGGAAGCAUUGAAAAAGGGGAGAAUGUGGUCGUGAGGCGUUGCGGAGGUGUGUGGGAGGACAAGUUUAUGGGAGAGAGUGGGAGUGUGACCCCUGGGAAGGACAGCGACUCACGAAGGGACAAGGAGGAGGAGGAGAACGAGGAGAACGAGAAUGGCUGGCAAGUGAUGGUGAAGAGGAGUAAGAAGAGGAAGAACCUGAAGACGAAGACGAAGGAGAGCAAAGAAGAUGAGAUUCACAAUAAGAAGAAUAAGAAGACGAAGAAGAACAAGAUACAAGAGGAAAACAAGGAGGACUUCAAUAGCAAAAAGAAGACAAAGAAGAGUAAACACGAAGAGGAGAACGAGAUUAAAGAGGAGAGCGAAACCACUAACAAAAACAAAAUGAAGAAGAAAAGCAAAGAGGAGGAUGAAAACACUAACCAAACCAAGACAAAAAAGAACAAGAGCAAAGAGGAAGACGAACCCUCAAACCAAAACAAGAUAAAGAAGAAGAAGAACAAGAGCUCCAAACUUAAAGGAGAAGAAAACGAAAUCUCUGACGGCAAAAACAGCUUCGGGAGACUCCGGUCGAGGCUGCGGCGGAAGAAGGACAAGAAAGAAGAGGAACUGUUUACCUUCAGGAUGGUGGAGGAGGAACGCCAGCUGGUCUUUCAGGUGGGCAGCGGACUCCCACCGGUGAAGGAAGUGCUGGUGGAGGAAGAAGAGGAAGAGGAGCACCACAGAAAAGGAAAACGAGGGAAAAAAGGAAAAUCUAAAGGAGGGAAAAGGAGCAUAGUUACACCUGACGGGGAAUACCAGCGUGAGGAACAGGUGAAUCCGGACGUCACCGUGAGCACCAGCUGGACCCUGCAAGCCGCCCAGGUGGAGUCAAGAGGAAGAGGAAGAGCAGAGGAGCCUGAUCAGGAUUCCUGCGACUACUUCGAUGCUGCUGAGGUCAGGGGUGAGAGUGAGAGUAAAGGGAGAGGGUGA